AUGGCCAUUGUGUCAGAUGCUGUGACACAGUGCAGAAAUCUAGAGGACAAAGUGAAAGAAGAAGAAAUGGCCAGUUCUCAGGGACUGCUGACAUUCAGGGAUGUGGCCAUAGAAUUCUCUCAGGAGGAGUGGAGAUGCCUGAAUCACAGUCAGCGGGAACUGUACAGGGAUGUGAUGUUAGAGAACUACAGAUGCCUCCUCUUCUUGGGCCUCAUUGUGUCCAAGCCAGAUCUGAUCACGUUUUUGGAGCAAGAGAAGCAGCUGUGGAAUGUGAAGAGAAAGGAGACAGUAGUCUUCCAUCCAUGUAGGUGGGAAUGAAUGAGGCAGAUGACAGAGGAGAGGUCCACAUGUGACGUGGAAUAUAGACCUUAAACUGGUUGGAAUAGGUCUCCUUGAAUGGAAAUGAGUUUGAGAAGCCUAACGUUAUUUGUCU